AGAGGAGAGAGAGAGAAAAAGAAGGGACCAAUGCAACCCAUCUGUUUCAUUUUAGUUCAUCAUGCUGGAGAGAGAGAGAGAGAGAGAGAAAGGGGAGAUGGGUAAAAAGCGUGAGAGAAAGUGUGCAUAUGUAUGUGGUUGGAGACGGUUUUAGCUUAGAAUCGCGUAGCGUGUCAGCAAAGCUCUCUAAUCUAAAUCUAACCAUCAUCAUCAUAGCAAAGCAAACGUUACCAGCAACAGUUUCAGAUAUAACAAAAGUGUCUCAGCCUCUCAGCCUCAUCAGUCAUAAGUUGACAGAAAGGCUAACUUUUCACAAAUAACACAUGGAGCGAGAGAACCAGCAUAAGAGAGUAAGGGAAGGUGACGAUGAAGAAUACCAAAAUUGUUCAAAGAAGAUCGAUGCAGAGAAGCAAGAUAGCAGCAAGGGUGUCGACUUAAACGACGUGAACGAUGACAAGGACAGUGAAAAGACAUCAUGCGAUUCCUCCUUGGCAUUAGAUGAAGGUGUAUUUGAUUUCCCUUGGCUGAAAGAUGGUAUGAUCUCCAAAUCAGAAGACUGGAAAUUGGAAGACACCUUUUCUUCCUCUCUCUAUGACACCUCUUCCACCAAUGAAGCUGGUAUUGAUGAGUUUCCUGCUGGCCAGUGUUUGUGUCAGACUUCGGAGCCAGCACUCCUAAACAAACCCGAUGAUCAUGAGGAAAAGUUUGAUGAUAAUUUACGGCGGCCACAAGAAGAUGAUGGCUUGGGUUGCAUUUGGACCUCUCUACUCAGCGAGCCUCUUCAACAGGGUGGUAUCUAAUUUUUUGCGUAGACUUGUGAGCUUUGUGCACCGGAUAGUCUUUUUAUAUAUGUCUUCAAGUUAAUGUAUGAUCACAAGCCUGCGUGGGAAUCAACCCACCCCAACUUCACAGGCUAAGCUUAAUUAGCUAUAUAUGCUCCUCAUGUUCAUCUCAUGUUGAUGGAGCACACCAUGUGGUUAUUAAUUGUACAUUGAC